AUACCCUCUCGCUGUAUUUCGAUUUCGAUGACGAUCCGAAGCGAGCAUUUUUUUGGGCUAGUCUAUCCCAAAAUCCUGGCAGGAUGUUAUGGCACGAUAUUCCGCCGUCCGGUACCAAGACAACUUCAAUCUUCUCCAGGCAUGUCAAACCGUAGGGUCGAGCAAUUAGUUCGCGACCUCGGAACGAUGAGAUCAUUCGAUGUUUGGGUAAUAUGGGUGAAGCGACGAGGAAGUUCCGUCGCGAAUCUCUACGAAACAGUUCAUAUUGGCUAGUACUCGUCGGCAGUCGGCGCCGAUGUUCUGGAAUCUGCUUCGUGCCUUUUCCAGACAAG